AAUUGUGUGGGUGGGGAAGGUGUUAAGUGAAGUUGGCCGUUGUUGGUAGUUAAGACUUUGAGAGUUGAGACCCAAAAACAGGGCAACGUGAGAGACUUGUGAAACGAGGCGAAUAAUUAAUUCCCGCAAUUCAAUUCAUCAAUUCGCCACUUUUCUUCCUUCUUUGUCUCUCUCUCUCUCUCUCUCUCUCUCUUUCUGGUUACUACUGCUACAUUGAUAGUAUCGAAACUCUGCCUUUGAAAAACACUCCCAGACCCACGACGAGACGACACAGCUCUGCUCCAUCCAAACAAAGACAAAACCAAAAACUUUACUUCAUCCCAUUGUCCGUCUGUCCAAGAGAACCAUAACCCAGUUGGCGUUUCCUCUCUCUCUCGCCAACUUCGCCGCUCAAUUCCUCCUUCGAUCUCACCGCCGCAUUUCCCUUACAAAACCCUUCCAUUUCUUCUGAACUCCCUUCUCUCUAUCUCUGUAAUCUCAACUUGGCCGGACUGUUAAUUCAGUUCGGAUCUCGGCGGCUUCUUCAUCCUCUGUUUGCUUGAAGGGAACUUCUCUGCAACAGCUCCCAUGGCGUCGAUCUCCGUUCCUUGCCCCAAAACCACCGUUGCUGCUUCUGGGUUUCCCUCAUCUCAAGCUGCUCCCUUGGAAUCCAACAGGAUUGCCUUCCCUCGUGCUUCCAAACCAGCUUCUUCUCUCUCUCUUGGAUCCACAUUCUCUGCUUUUCAGAGGCCUAGCCGGAGGGAAUCUUUGGUAUCACAGGUGCAAGCUAAAGUGACUGCCAAGGAAUCUUUGAACCAUACACCUUUGGUGGACACCAAAUCCGAUGUUACCGCCGAAUCCAACGGGAAAGCAGAGACUACAGAACCCAGAAUUCCAGAUGUGGCAUCGAUUUCAGAAUUCAUGACCCAAGUGUCACACUUGGUCAAACUUGUGGAUUCGAGAGACAUUGUGGAGUUGAAACUGAAGCAAUUGGACUGCGAGAUAGAGAUAAGGAAAAAGGAGGCUCUCCCACAGCCGCCAGCUCCUGCUGCUUCUCCUUUCAUGAUGAUGCAGCCUCCCUAUCCACAGGCCAUGCCACCACAACCAGCAGCUGCUCCCGCAGCUCCUGCUGCAGCUUCUGCAUCAUCAGUACCUGCCUUGCCUCCUCCAGCUGCAAAGCCUGCUUCAUCUCAUCAUCAAUUGAAGUGUCCUAUGGCUGGCACCUUUUACCGGUCUCCAGCCCCAGGUGAACCGGCAUUUGUCAAGGUCGGAGAUAAGGUACAGAAAGGACAGGUUCUUUGCAUCAUUGAGGCCAUGAAGCUGAUGAAUGAAAUCGAGGCUGAUCAGUCUGGAACCAUAACUGAAAUAUUGGCAGAGGAUGGGAAACCAGUUAGUGUUGACCUGCCUUUGUUCGCGAUUGCUCCAUGAGCAACACCGGAAAGAACGUCCAGCUUGGCCUGCAGUAGACAUGCGAGGCAGCCACUGUCGUCCCAGAACUAGAAAAGCUUUUAAAAAAGAACACCAUCUUGUUUGAAGCUUGAGAAUUGUAAUGUGAAAUAGAAUAAUCGAAACCUCAUUUCGGGUUUUUCUUUUAAUAUGAUAAGCCGCUGUUUCUCUACACUUUGAAAACUGAUUUUUAGCUGGUAAUGUAGCAUAAGCCUCACAAAAGGGAUUUAGUUUAAGUGCAUUGUGCAAGGUGUUUGUUCGUUUCUCCUGUGAUUUUUUUUUGUGUAAUAUGUGGACAAGUUUUGAAGUCGUGAAAAACAAUAGCACUGCCAACCCGUUUUAAUGUUGUAUCCAGUUUGACCUGCUAAUUUCUUAUGUACACCUUAUCCAGUUCAAAU